UAUAACAAGACAUUGAUUUGUUGUUAACUGAAGAAUUACUCCAUUAAAAUUGGAAGAAGAAAAAGGAAAAAACAGUACAACAUACAAACAACAAAAAUAGGUUGCAUAUCUAUAAGAAAGAGUUUUCCGUCUGAAAUGGGAUUUUUAAUUUUUUAAUAGUCAGACGAUCUCAAAUUGGAACUGCACCGCAAUUCCCUUUGCUUGACCUAGUUCUGUUCAGCCAGUACGCCUGCGCCGGUGCUCCAUCGAAAAUCAUGAAUGAUCUUCCUAUACACAAGAUUCAAAUCUCCGGCACUACUUUAGCCUCUAUCCUCCACCGUUUAUUCUCAUCCUCAGGCGACAUCCACGGUCUGCUCCUCGGCCACGUGUCAUUCUCCACCACCAUUUCUCUAUCCGAUGACAAUUACUCCACCGCAGACUCCGCCUCAUCCUCCUCCCCCGCCGCUGACGGUCCAACUCUUACCGCCACUAUCACCGAUUUCCUCUCCAUCCCUUGUCACUUUCCCCUCCCUUUACAGCAUAAUAACCCUUCCUCCGUCCUUCUUGGAUGGUUUUCCGGUCGCCAGAAAACUCCUUUAAGACCUUCUUUGAAGGAUUCUACUACUACCCUUUCUCUAUGUUCCUCCGCUUCUUACCAUUUUACCCCUCAGAAUUCUCUUCAUCCACUUUCUCUGCCUCCAUCUUUGUUCCUUCUGUUAUCAUCGCCGUUUCAUGAACAACUGAUACAUACCCAUGAAUACAAAGCUUUUCAGUAUCGUAAUUCUACUGAUUCAUUUGACCCCAAAAGUUUAGAUAUUAUCAAUAUUGGUCCAUCUUUUCGAUCCCAUUAUGAUUCUUUCAGUCCUAUUUCCCCAUUCCCUUCAAUGACAUGUGACUUGAGAGGACCUAAUGCAAUGGCAGAGGAUGAAAAGGCUGAAACCUUGGUGGGUAUUAAGAGGGGUUUGAAGGAUCAGAAGGAAUUGGAUUUGUGUGCUGAAGGUUUUGAAAUUGGGAGAUUGAACAAGUUGAUGGGCUCAGAUGCGUCGAAUUAUACUGCUGAGUUGGAGCAUUUAUAUGAUAAAAUGCUUGUUAAGCUUGAUAGUUUGGCUAGAUUGGUGGAAAAGAGCUCUUCUAAGGUUCUUGAGCAGGAAAACCAUAAUAUGAAAUUAAGGUACAAAGUUGCAGGCUUGGAAUGAAUUUUGAUAAUUCAGGAGGAAUUUCUCUUUUAGUAAGAUCACCUGUGGUGAGGACAGCUACUGAUGAAGCCUUUCAGUCUGACGAGUAAGAUUAAAUAACAAAAUUGCUGCUUGUGGGUGUGCCUUUCUGAUGAACUGAGUUGAAGAUCUUCACUAUUUUUUCUGCCAUUCCCGAAUAUAUUUCUAGCUUUGUAAGUUCAAUCUUGUUUUUAUUAAAAGACGGCCUUCUUUGUUCAUAUUCCCCAAUCAGUUAUAAUUUUCGUCUAGUUUGGGAUUGAAUCUCCAAACAGAUGUGUUGGACUUCUUUUAUAUAACAUUGCUGUUAUCCUUGUGGCUCCAAGAGAAAUCAGAACUAACAAGGGAAUGCUGCAGUUGCUUCCUGAUGGAAAUUCCGGUGUUGAAAAAAGAAUCCUAUGGUUAGACGCACUUCUCGAAUUUUGUUGCAAAUGCAAGUGUGAUAUUUAAGUGAAGAAGCAUAUAGGUGCAGGUCUCAUUAUGCAAUUGUAUUUCGAAACGUAGCUGUUCGCCCUGGCUGGAAUUUCUCGGUGAUAAAAGGAAAUUUUGUAUGAUCGAUUA